AUGCAGCACAGCCAGCCCCAGGAAGGGAAAGCUCCCCCGUCCAAUCGGCCGGAGACGUCCAGUGAGACUCUUAUGGACAUCGGCACCCGCGAGAAUCUCAACGAGGAUCAUGACAUGUUCAGGGAGAGUGUCCGACGUUUCUGGACAGAGGAGGUGGUGCCCUACCACAAGGAGUGGGAGAAGGCAGGUAUUGAGCAGGGACUGUGGCAGAAGGCUGGGGAGCAGGGUCUGUUGGGCAUCCUCACUCCAGAGGAGCACGGUGGGAUCGGAGGUGAUCUGCUGUCUGCAGCUGUGAUGUGGGAGGAGCAGAUUUACUCUAACUGCUGGCCAGGCUUUGCCCUCCACUCUGAGAUCUGCAUGCCCUACAUCAGUAACUAUGGCUCCAAGGAACAGAUCGAUCGCUUCAUACCCCAGAUGGCUGCUGGGACCUGCAUCGGGGCUAUCGCCAUGACGGAGCCAGGGCUGGCAGGCAGUGACCUCCAAGGUGUCAGGACGUACGCUAAGAAGGAUGGCGAUGACUGGAUCCUCAACGGCAACAAGGUCGUUCAGGGAAUGUGGUGUUCACACCAACGGCUGAUGGCCGACAUGGUGAUCGUGGUGACCGUAACGAACCGCGAGGAAACAGCGGCCCACGGGAUCAGCCUCUUCCUGGUGGAGAAAGGAAUGCCGGGCUUCCAGGCGGGCAAGAAGCUGGAGAAGAUUGGCCUGAUGCCCCAGGACACGGCUGAGCUGUUCUUUGAGGACGUGCGUCUCCCUGCUUCUGCCCUGCUGGGACAGGCCAACAAGGGCUUCUACUCUAUGAACGAGCUGCCACAGGAGCGCCUGCUGAUUGCAGUGGCCAUCGCCAGCAGUGAGUUCAUGUUUGAGGAGACCAGGAACUAUGUGACUCAGAGGAAGGCUUUCGGCAAGACCAUCGCUCACCUUCAGACUGUGCAGCACAAGCUGGCAGAGCUGAAGACUGAGAGUGUGGGCCGUUCCUUUUUAGACAACUGUCUGCAGCUCCACACAGAGAAACGCCUGGACUCUCAAACAGCCUCUAUGGCCAAGUACUGGUGAGAACACAACCAGAUACUAAACCUUCUUUCACCAGCGUUAUGCUUCUCCAGCUCCAGAACUGUCACUAUGUUUCACCAGCGUUAUGCUUCUCCAGAACUGUCAGUAUGUUUCACCAGCGUUAUGCUUCUCCAGUCCAGAACUGUCAGUAUGUUUCACCAGCGUUAUGCUUCUCCAGUCAGAACUGUCAGUAUGUUUCACCAGCGUUAUGCUUCUCCAGUCCAGAACUGUUCAGUAUGUUUCACCAGCGUUAUGCUUCUCCAGUCCAGAACUGUCAGUAUGUUUCACCAGGUUAUGCUUCUCCAGUCCAGAACUGUCAGUAUGUUUCACC